GUCAUCAAGACGGCAAUGCCGAUGUUUUACCUUUACGCCGCUUGAUAUCGCUUUCAUAUCGCGAUCUCCUCGCAUGAGACUAUUAGGAACACCCUCGAUUCUCCACGUUUACUAAACAACGCUGUCCUUUUCUAACGACUUCUUGCCUAUAUCUCGUACAGAUGUCUGGGAAAAAGAAAGAAUUGAUCGUAGCCAUUGACUUCGGUACUACGUAUAGUGGAUUUGCUUUCGCACCCGUCAAUGCCGUGGAAGAGUCUGACAUUUGUGUUUUUCGUGGUUGGGGAAGAGGACAAGGCUUCAGCUUUUUCAAAACACCGACAUGUGUUUUACUCACCUCCGAAGGAGACUUCUACAAGUUCGGCCAUGCUGCUGUAGAGACCUAUGCUAAGCACUUGGCGAGAAGCGAAGGACAAGAUUUACUCUUUUUUGAUCGCUUCAAACUCGUUCUCUACAAUACAAAGUCGUUGAACAAAGAGACUCGCAUCAAAGCUGCAAAUGGACGGACAGUCCGUGCACUAGACCUCUUCGCAGUCUGCCUUGCCUACUUGCGUCAGAUGGCGAUGGAUACCAUCAAUAAUGCGUACCUGGGGAAAAAUGGUCAGCACGCUAACAAGUACGACGUAAGCCAGGUUCAAUGGGUUCUUACUGUACCUGCUAUCUGGGAACCCGCCGCCAAGGAGUUCAUGCGGCAAGCUGCUUAUAUGGGAGGUCUAGCAUCCCCUGACGAUCCUGAUCACCUAAUGAUCGCACUGGAACCCGAGGCAGCCUCAUUCUACUGUAAACGGCUACAAAUGAAGGACUUUCUGGGGGAGACAGGGGAAGAACUUGUCAAUGAGGUGCUUAGGAAAUCUUCUGGUUCGUACAUGGUGGUAGAUAAUGGAGGAGGAACAUUGGAUAUCACAGCGCAUCAAAUCCAAAAGGAUGGCACAAUAAAAGAGAUCCACUCCCCCGUGGGAGGACAGCUAGGAGGAAUACUAGUGGACAGCGAGUUCAUUGGCCUGCUAAAGAGAAUCUUUGGCGAGGAUUUUAUCAAUUUAUUCCAGCGUGAUUACCCAAACGACUGGCAGAAGAUCAUGAGUGACUUCGAGAUCCAAAAGCGCGCGGAACAUGGAGUAGACAGUGAUGAAUUAAGCAUUGUUCUUCCAUUCAAGUUUGUCGACUCGUACAGUCGUAUUAUUGGUACAGAUGACAACAUUAAUGAGAACCUACGACUGCAUUAUACCAACAGCGAGGUCAGUGUAGGUUCCGGAUAUCUUUACAUCCAUUUAGAAAUUAUAGAAAAAUUUUACGAGGCUGUGAUAAAAAAAACUGUUGAUAUGAUAAGCAGYCUUUUGCGCAAUGAGAAACUGGCAGAGGUCAAGACGAUGUUUCUCGUUGGAGGAUUCUCUCAAGCGCUACCACUGAGAAAAGCAAUUGUAGAUUCAUUUCCCCAGAUGCGAAUCUUAACACCGAGAGAGAGCGAAUUAGCGAUUAUGAAAGGAGCAGUGACGUUUGCUCAGAACCCAAACAUUUUGUCUGCACGCGUUAUGGCAAAGACUUACGGGAUUGAUAUCAACGAACAGUUCUGCCCCGAGAAACACCCAGUUGAAAAGCGCACCAACAUUGAAGGAGUGUAUUUCUGUGAGGAUGUAUUCGACCCUCUUGUUCGAGAAGAUGAAGAAGUCAAAGUUGGUGAAAAGCGCACUUUUUUCUUCUCGCCCGUUCACCCUCAACAAACGAUAGCGAGGUUGAAAUUCUUUAGCACCCAGAAACGAGACGUACUCUUCAUCACAGACCCUGAUGUCGAGGCUGAGAAUGUCGAGUUUGAAGUCAUCAGCCCGGAUGUCAGUAAAGGACUCGAGAGGAAGAUAGAGCUGGAUGUGUACUUUGGGGGAACGGAAAUCAAAGUCAGUGCUAUGGACGUCACUUCCGGUAGCUCGGCCAAGGCAUCUUUGAGGCUGGUAACGAAAGGAUCUAUGUAGUAUGGUAUUAGCCUAAAGAAUGAAACUUUAUUCGAGAACAUUUUAAAAAAGAUUUUGUUUCUCAGAAAUGAUACGUUUAUGUUUGUCUGUGGUGUGUAAAACCUAGCAAAAUAAGCCAUUUACACUAAGAGGUCACGUGACCCUACCCUCUGAAGGCUGAAGGGUCACAUGACCUGCUAUAGCCUAUCAUGAUGAAAAAAUUAAAAACAAUUUCAUUCAAAUUCCCAAAAAACCUCGGAUUAUUAUUUGAAACUGACAGAAUCUAGUGUCAUUCCAUUUGUUGCUAGUAUAACUAUCAUUACCAUGGCAGCUCUAAAUGUUACAUGGUUGCUAUGGUGACUCUUAAACAAUUCUAAAUAGACCCCUUGUAGCAUGUCAGAACGAGCUCAAUUUGGAGGACAUAACAAUAGGUUUCCGAUUGUCAGGAGAUUGAAAUUCUUUCGUUUUGUCCUCCAAAUUGAGCUGCUUUGACGUCACAUGCAAGGGGUCUAUUCAAUGGACAAAGAACUAUCUCUGUGAAAAAGCACUACUAAAUUAGAUCUGAUUCUUUCACACUGUGGCAUUCCCAGUAAUCAAAUUGAUAGAUAGAUAGAUAUUUCAUACAAGAUAUCAAAUAUUGAUAAAUGAUAGUAAUUGAAGAUUUAUUUAAGUGACUCAGCAUAAAACUGCUGAAAGAAAGAUAUUAUUCUCAAAUAUUAUGAAAUCAUUCCAGAAGAAAUGCAAUAUGCUCUGGCCAUUUCUUACAAAGGGCUUGAGAAACAACUAUACUUGACUCUCGGACUAAUGGAAUUAGUAGAAGCAGAAUAGACCUCUAUACAUUGGGCAUGUUUUUCCAUUUCAGACCAUCUGAUUCCCUUGAGUAUCAUUUUUUUGUUUAAUGGUUGUACAUGAGAAGACAGAGGAAUGUAGAUACAACUCAAACAAAGAAUCUUAUUUUAUAGACUGCCAAGUUAGCUUAGUUGGUAAGAGCAUCAGUCUGUUGCGUCAGAGGUCAUGGCUUGAGACCAUCUUCAGUGUCUUGACUUUUAAUUACUUAAGGGCCUACAAAAAUUGGCAAAAGCUAUUACAGUGUCUCUACCCCUCCGGGGAAAAGUGAAUAAAAUAGAAUGACAUGUGGUCUGAGAUGGGAAAACAUUAUGCCCAAGCAAGCUUAAGAGCUCUUUUAUCCACUAUAAAAAUGUGUAAAACAGUAAAUAAACAGUUAGACUAUUGAAUAGUGUCAGCACUAAAAGGUUUAUCUUUAACAAAGCAGGAUUAAUAGAUGCUCUUGAUUCAAAUUAAUGAACAAGACUUUUCUUUAUUAAGAAAUGUAUAAAACUGAAUGAAUAAGAUUUAGGUGAUCUCCUUGGGGAAUAAAAAUCAAUUAUAUACCAGCAA